AUGGGGAACACGCAGGAGAAACCCUCGGGCAGCGGAGGAGGGGCAGCUAGAUUAGAUCAGGCCACAGCAGGGAGCGGGACGAGAAGCCGGGGUGGAGGCAGCGUGAAAAAGCCCCACACUCAGGGAGCUCCAGAGAAGGGGGUGGCCAAUGGCACACAGAGGGAAAGCAGCCCUGCAGGUGGACAACAGGAGCAGGACAGCCCUGCAGUGGACACAAGUUACCUGGACGCCCCUGCUGGGGCCCUUCCUCCUCACCUGGCUCGGCUCAAGAAUGAGGGAAACCAUCUCUUCAAACAUGGCCAGUUUGGAGAUGCCUUGGAGAAGUAUACCCAGGCCAUUGAUGGAUGUGCUGAAGCAGGCAUUGACAGUCCAGAAGACCUGUGUAUUCUCUACUCCAACAGAGCUGCCUGUUACCUGAAGGAUGGAAACAGCACAGACUGCAUACAGGACUGCACCAAGGCUUUGGAGCUGCAGCCCUACUCCUUGAAGCCCCUGUUGCGCAGAGCUAUGGCCUAUGAGUCACUGGAGCGCUACAGAAUGGCCUACGUGGAUUAUAAGACUGUCCUGCAGAUUGACACCGGGGUGCAGGCGGCUCAUGACAGCGUCCACAGGAUCACCAAGAUGCUGAUCGAGCAGGACGGACCUGAGUGGAGGGAGAAACUUCCAGAGAUCCCCGUCGUCCCUCUGUCCGUCCAGGUGCAACACAGACAGAAACCGAUCAGCAUCGAGCAGGCCCAGGCCCGAGCCGCUAGAGCUGCACAGGAUGAAGUCAGAAGAAAAGAGGCCCAGUUUACUUUACUGAAACAGAAAGGCAAUGAUCUGGUCAAGAAGGGCCAGUUCCAGGAGGCUCUGGAGAAGUACAGUGAAUGUCUCACCAUAAAACCUGACGAAUGUGCUCUCUACACAAACAGAGCCAUUUGCUUCCUGAAACUGAAUCACUUUAAAGAGGCCAAACAGGACUGUGACUCUGCUCUGCAGCUGGAGCCGGGAAACAAGAAAGCCUUCUACAGGCGAGCACUGGCUUAUAAAGGUUUACAGGACUAUCUGUCAGCCAGCAGUGACCUCCAGGAAGUCCUCCAGCUGGACCCAAACAUUCGGGAAGCUGAGCAGGAGCUUGAGGUGGUGACAAGCUUGCUGAGACAGAGCCUGAUGGACAACACUGCACACACACCAAGGGUUUGAUGGCUCCUCGUGGAUCCAUAUAGAGGCAGAGGAAUGAAACAGGUGUGGAC